GGGCGGAGGAGCAACAAGCUACCGAACCAGCAGCAACAGCUAACGCGAGCUCUGGUAGGGAACGAGGAGUAUUAACAUGCAGAAGUUUAGAAACACGGAUUCCUCGUCUUGAGCGGACACAAGCGCAACGUUUGCUGAAACCCGAGGCGCCCGUCGAAGCCAUGGCUCACGACUGGCUUUCAUAACAGUUUGUUGGUCGCGUAAUUUGUUGCUUCAAAUGUGUGAAAAGUCGCUCGGUGUCUCUUCGUCGUUGAACAAGAUGGCAGAAGCAGCAUCGUUGCAGGAUUUGACUGCGGUGCGAGUCCUCGUUGCUAGCUUGUUCCUUGACGCUCUGGGUGAUAUGAUUUAUUGGUCCUACUGAAGGUAUGGACUCACAAGUUUUGAUUUACCCAUCACACUCGCACUCAGCUCAAACAAGUGCCUUAGGAACCAGCAUCAGUGGUACCAGCAGACAUAUAGGUGAAGUCCACUGUCAUAAUAACACCAGCAGAGCCUUUCAGCACCAACCCCCACCCAAGACCUAUGUGAUUGGAGUCAAUUACGGUAUUGCCUAUCCAAUCAACAUUAUCCCAUCCUCAGCUGGUGCUGAUUCAGGAGGAUUGUUAAGGGGAGAUCAGCUUCAAGAAAGAGAGGAGUUGGCAUUGCAUGUGACAGGAUUAAAAAGAGAGGAGAGGCAUCAGCUAGAAGAAGAUCCUGCUGGGAUCCACAGCAAAGCGUCUCUUUGCCAGAGGAGAGGCCCACAGGAUUUGGGGCCUUGUGUUAACACCCGUGGAACCCCAUCUGGAGACUGUGGGGUACUGAGUGGGGCUUGUACAAGAACAGACAAGGAGGCAGCCAGAAACGGACGAGUACAAGUGAGAGGUGAACCCACAAACCUUCUAGACACAGGUGCCAGACAGAGAUGUGAACCACAGACCGGUGAAAGUGGAGAACAUCUGCAGGAGAACAGCUGCAUUGAAACCAUGCAGAUAGUGGAGGAGGUUUCUGCCUUAUCUUCACUUUCUCCCUCUGUGGCCAUGUUGCAAACCAGCACUCAGAACCAUGCAGAGACUGUGAGAGUAGGGGCCGGAGUGACAGUGUCUGCUCAACACAACAGGGUUGAUAGAGUGACAGGCUCUGGGAUUGUUGUGGACAGUACUGAAAUUAGGCGUAAUGGUAGUACUGAGGCAGUAACAGGAGAUGCAGUGACACGAACUGGAUCAGUAGAUGGGGACUAUAAGUUAGUUCAGCAUGAGGUUCUGUGCUCAUUGAAGAACAGCUAUGAGGUGUUGGAGUUUCUGGGUCGUGGUACCUUUGGUCAGGUUGUAAAAUGCUGGAAGAGAGGCACGAAAGAAGUGGUGGCUGUUAAAAUACUGAAGAAUCAUCCAUCCUAUGCACGUCAGGGACAGAUUGAGGUGGAGAUUCUUACCCGAUUGAGCAGCGAGAAUGCAGACGAACACAAUGUGGUGCGUGCUCUGGAGUGCUUUCAGCACCGCAGCCACACCUGCCUGGUGUUUGAGAUGCUGGAGCAAAACCUCUAUGACUACCUUAAACAAAACAAGUUCAGCCCACUACCACUCAAAAUCAUCAGGCCUAUUCUACUACAGGUGGCAACAGCAUUGAAGAAGCUGAAGUCUCUGGGAUUAAUCCAUGCAGACCUGAAACCAGAGAAUAUUAUGCUGGUAGACCCCACCAGGCAGCCCUACAGGGUGAAGGUCAUUGACUUUGGCUCAGCUAGCCAUGUCUCCAAGGCAGUGUGCUCCACUUACCUCCAGUCAAGAUAUUACAGGGCUCCAGAGAUUAUUUUGGGCCUUCCAUUUUGUGAGGCCAUAGACAUGUGGUCACUUGGCUGUGUGAUAGCUGAACUCUUCUUGGGCUGGCCCCUCUACCCUGGAGCGCUGGAGUACGACCAGAUCCGGUACAUCUCUCAAACUCAGGGCUUACCUUCUGAGCAGCUGCUCAACAAGGGGACCAAGACCUCUCGUUUUUUCUCUAAACAGUCAGAUUCCCCCUACACCCCAUGGAGAUUAAAGUCGACUGAACAGCAUGAGAAAGAGACCGGACUUAAAUCCAAAGAGGCCAGAAAGUACAUCUUUAGCUGUCUGGAUGACAUAGCACAUGUGAACCUGAUGCUGAGUCUUGAUAGCAGCGACUUGCAUGCAGAGAAGGUGGAUAGGAAGGAAUUUGUGUCUCUGCUGAAGUGCAUGCUGCUGAUCGAUGCUAAGGACAGGAUUGUUCCCUCAAGUGUCCUCGGGCACCCCUUCCUCACUAUGACUCAUCUACUUGACUAUCCACACAGUAACCAUGUUCAGUCAUCUUUCCGCAUCAUGGACAUGUGUCACGGUCGGCACAACAAUGCAGUUUUUGAUGCUCUCAACCAGAACACCAUUCAUUUUCCAAGGCCUUCUGUAGCUUCCACUGCUUCAUCUGGCCUCCCACUGGGCUACAGCAACAUACCAGUCCCCACACAGACUCUAACCCAGUCAGCUCCUUCAAUGUUGCAUCCUGGGAUAGCUCUUACUGGAAAUGGUCAGUUUGGAUGCAGUGAAUCUUUCCCACCUGCACUACUUCUUUGUCCUCCCACCAUACAAGGCAACCUUAAUCAAACAGCUGGGUUUUCUGUUCCCAUGGUAGCACAUGCCCCUCCCAUACAGCCCUUACCAGUCAGGCCUGGUGUGAUACCUCAGGUCUGGUCCACUCGAGGACAGCAACUACUCGUCCCUGCUGCCUGGCAGCAGAUGACGCCAGUGUGUCCUCCCCCUUCUCACCCACCUCCACCUGCAUCCACUGACACGACAGCUGGCCCACAGAGAGUUAAUGACUGGGGGAAAAUGCAUCCCCACAGCAGUCACUACAGUUCAUUGAUUCAGCAGCCUCUCUUGACUAAUCAGAUGACAGCCCUCUCUGCCCACCAGCCAAUGAACAUUGGUAUAGCUCAUGUUGUCUGGCCCCAGCCAACCAAUAAAAGGAACAGGCCCAGUCACAACAGAAACUUGUCCCAUCCCAGUAACUUCCAAAUGUCAGUGUGUCGAACUCCAAAGAUGGCUGAUGUUGUUGGACCUGCAGUGCAGGAACGGAUACAACCUCAAAGGGAGGUGCCGGUGGUGGGAACAAGGCCUACAGAAGUGCAGAACACCGACUUAGAUGAAGACGAUGUGGAGGCAGAAGUGCGCUGCUAUAAUGAGGUUGCACCAAAUAAUAACAGGCAGCUGGACCUGUCUAGUCACCAGCAACGUGAUGUGGCAAUCCUAAUGGGUGACACACCUAGCCCUGCCCAGAGUGUGAUUAGCAUCCGCAGCGAGCUGACUGAUGAAGGGGAAGAUGAAGACCCUCAGAGGUGUCAUCUGAGCAAUUGUAAAGAGGCGUGUGUGUGUGAGGCAUGUAGAAACACCCGUGUGUCUAUGGAGAGAAUUUGUUCCCUCAGCAGCCCCGACAGCAGCCUUAGCACCAGUUCCUUUGCCUCCAACUCACUUCACUCCAGCCCGUCUGUCUCGCCAUGCAAAAGACCCAACAGCAUGUCUGAGGAUGAUGGCCAUGAGAGUGGUUGUGACACAGUUGAAGGCUCCCCGAAAUCCGACACAUCAACUUCGCCGUGCAGCAACAACCCAUAUCGCUACCUUGCAAACAAUAACCACAGCAGCCACCCACCUUUGGCCGACAUGGCAGUGCCUCAACCUUGCCCUGCAGUGCCAGGCAGGAGUCUGCGUGGUAUCAGGACAAUGGUGGUUCCACCAAUGAGAGUGCAGAACAGCAACACUCAGGGAUCAGAGGAGCGUUCACGGAGAAUGGUCUCAGAGUCCUGGUCCCGGUCCAAAGGGCGCUGCAGUCUCAUUGGACAACAGAGCACUCCUUCCUCUGCCCCCCUCCUCCCAUCUGCCCCCCUCCUGUCCCAGCAGCAGCAUCCGCUGGGCUUUGGACAGGUGCAGCCGUACGCCUCAAACUACAGCAACAAAGAGUGGAACAGCAACUGUGGGCCACUGCGACCUCACGCCUUCAUCCCUCCUACUGUCCACACGCACACCUUCACACACCUGCCGCACAGUCCCACCCACACUUCAGCCACCACACAGGGCCUGCACCCGCACGCCCUGCUGUCCUACCCACCCAGCGGCGCCCUCACUGCCACCCACCACCACCCCCACCCUAUUUUGCCUUCUCGGCCUGCUCCUCUCCUCCAGCACAGCUUCGGUCUCUCUCAAGGAGGUGCUUUAGUUCACCAGGUGGCCCUGGGCAUUGGCAACCACCCCCACCACCCAGGACACCCUCUUCCUCCUCACCCACACAGGCUCCUCCCUUCCCCUACCAUCAAUCAGCACAGCUUCGCCCACCACCCCCAUCAGUUCAAGCCUCCGUUCCCUCCACCGCCACCUCCUCCUCUCCCAUACAUGGCCUCCCCGGUUGCCUACUCAGGCUUUCCUCUGAGUCCGACCAAACUCACUCACCACCCGCAGUUUUCUUACAUUGGAGGAACAGGACAGGUCCACAGCAGUACCUUCUUGUGAGGAAGAACAACGGGAAGUGGUCUGGGUCUGCGACCUGGUCAGGCAGAGCUAGCAGCAGAGCACAAAAUGGAUACUUGUGAUGAGCAGCGAUAAAAUAUGGUUAUAACAUGGAUGUCACAGUAUAUGCUUAAAAAUGACUGUGCUGAAGAUGUUGUUUUCUAAUGUUUGUGGACAACUAAAAUCAGCCUCUGUAAUCUGGGGUUCACAAGUCAGAUUAUUUUUGAUUGACAGAAGAUCUUUUUCUUCCUUCAAAAUCACAAGACAAUAGAGGAAACUAAUUUAAAUCAAACUACAUAGCUUUAUAAAAGAGCAGAAGACAUGAGACUAAAUUAAUUAACAAAUGAUGAGGAAUUCUAAUUAAGAUUGUGUUUUUUGCACAUUACCUCACUGUCACUUGUUGUUUGAGUACUUCAGAAAAUAUGAUCUAAAUAGAGGCCUAAAAUAAUUAGUUGCUGCUGUCAGGUCACUCCUUCCCUUUAUCUUCGCCUUGUAGCACAUGCUAGCCCGUCUUGCUUCGUUUUUUUAUUUUUAAGGCAUCUCAGUCUGUAUUAACCAGGUGUGAACACUCCUGUCCUUGUUUGAGGUAGACUUUGCUGCUGUCAUUUCCCAGUGCCUUAAAAUAUGAGUCUAUGACAUUACUUCAGGAGCUUAUAGAUUGUACAUUUAAAUGGGCUUGCAGCACUUAACCUUCAGACUCAGAAUAUAGCAGACUUAUUGGAUAAAUGUGGGGAUAAUGUGUGUGUGUGUGUGUGUGGUUUUGUUGGUUGGACUUCAGUUUGCUUUCUAACUCAGAGUAUAGAUUUACUUUAGCUAGAGGCUGCACAUUUAGGGCUUUGACUGAGCGUUUUUGUAUAUAAAGAGUUAUCUGAUAUUUUGAUAAUCUAUUUCUAUUCACUAUAGUACUUAAUUCGUAACAGUAUUGUCACUGUUUACUGUAACUGCAAUACAAUCUAGAUAGCCUCUGGGUUGCUGUGUUUAUUAUUUGGCAUUUACAGUAGGUUAGAAUUGCAUGAAUGAAGUUUAUGGUUUUGAUUUUUGGGAGUGUUGUAGAGUAAAAAAAAUAACAUGACCUUAUGUUUUUACUUUUAAAAGCUUUUCAGUGUUGGAACUAACCUAUCAAGUUAUAGUAUCAUUGCUGGGCUAUUGAGUGUUAGAGGUAUAUCAUAAUUCUUUCAAAUGUUUCUGUUAGACAAGCCUGUUGUCUAAUGUAUUAAAGCCUGUUAGUUUUGAUGCAUUCCUUCAGUGUGUAUGCGUAGCCGUGUGUUUUUGAUUUCCAGUUGCUUGUAAAGCUGUGUCUUUAACUGUCAUCAUAUCAUCUGGUAUAUUACUCUAAUCAGCACCAAAGACUGUUUAAAAAUCAUUUCUGAAGCAUGGUCGCUACGAUUUCUCCUUUCACCUCCAGCAUACUGUUGCAGUUAUCGACAUUGAAAUAUAUUGUGAGAACUCUAUUUAAAAAAAAUUGAGGUUGAGGUUUUAUUUUUCUGAGCUAUGUUUUGGCAAAGUGUAUUUGGAAUGUAUAGAUAAUAAGCUGCUAUGUACUGAUUAUCUGCCACUUCGUAGCUGUGAAUCUAGAGGAUUAAUCUCAGUCUAGUCUGCAAUUCUCUGUUUUGUAAUGUAGUUCUAUUGACUAGAUAUAAUAGAACCGGGGUUUGUUUUUAUCAGAGUAUAUUAAAUGCAAUUUCUUUAUGCUAGUGCCUCCGUAAAUUGGCUUUGUUGUUUUGAACUGAUUGUAAACUGCUGUAACGAAAGUUUUUUUUUCCUAUUCUUGUGUGUGUGUGUGUGUGUGUGUGUGUGUGUGUGUGUGUGUGUGUGUGUGUGUGUGUGUGUGUGUGUGUGUGUGUGUGUGUGUGUGUGUGUGUGUGUGUGUGUGUGUGUGUGUGUGUGUGUGUGUGUGUGUGUGUGUGUGUGUGUGUGUGUGUGUGUGAGUGAGUGAGUGAGUGAGUGAUUAGCAUCAGUAUUUUAGACAUAGGCUAGGUUCUCUCUUGGAAUCUAUAACUGGUGUGUCAUUAAUUUGUUAUCCUUUCUUCCUCUGAUGACGUAGCUUUUGUUAUCUGUCAUUGGACUGUGUUUUCAACUCAUCGUACUGUACAACUCGAGUGCCUUUCUUCAAAUAAGUGGCUGACGGAUAAAUAGAUAUCAAAGCAGUUGAAAAUUCCUAGACUAGUUGCUUUUAGGAAGAUCGUCUCUUUUCACGUCAUGAAAUCCCAAAGUUGUUUGUUUGAUAGACUAAGAUACGUUCUUUUUCUUCAUAAUCCUAAGAAAGUCAAGUCAGGGAACGUUGUUGUGUUCACAAAGAGCCACCUUGCAGUACGCAGACACACAGAGCCUGAAGAUACACAAAUACAAAGCUUUAUUCUCACACCUUGAAUGUAUUUGUGGAACUUUUACAUCUGUUUUCAGUUUGCAGUCUUUCAGUUCGCAUAUUUUUUGCUUAUAUCGUGAUUAGGACUUUGACAGUAUGUAUGAAGCUAUUUACAAUAGGUAAAUAAUAUGUAUUUCAGUCAGGGGAUUAAUGUGCUUUAUACAUCAGUCAUACUAAGUUUAGGUCCAAACAUGUCCUACCGCCCACAUCGUAUAACAUUGUUAUAGGUUUGCUAUGUAGCUUUAGUAAUAUGUGUAUUUGUCUAAUAUGCUACUGUGUUGACGAUCCCGCAUCGGCAGCAUGUACCAUUCAGCUUGAAGUGCAGCCUAGAAAUAUAAUGGAUAGCUAUUUGUUAUGUCACAAUAAUGUGUACUGUUUAAUUUUCACUACUGUGUUGUGCAGCUUUCCACACUCUCUGUGCUUUUGCUCAGCUUAGCACCUGUGGGAUGAACACAUGUAUCACCUCAGUAAUAUACUGCACCAUAGGCCCCCACUUGAUUGCUGAGGUGUAGAUAAUCUAGCAUCUCUGCAGCCUUGAUCAACAAAGUCAGUGGAUGGUCCCAUUCCCAUGGUUUUAAUUCUUAGAGGGGGAAUUUGACCUUCAUGUGAUGCCUUGCCUGAUCUUAAAGGCAAUAAAAAGAUGGGCCCUCUGCUUUUACUAAUGUUGCUAAUGCUGUAGUCUGCCUCUAAAGGCAUUUGUUUUCAGACCUGUUCUUAUUAGACCCCACAUGUUGUGUCAUCUUAUCUAGGUAUUGGGCUGAACAAUAAAUAGUCUGAAAUUCUACUCCUAAGACAUGUUUUAGGUAGAUUCUGAGUUGUCACUAGGCAUAAUUGCUCAAUUGAAACUGUUACUGUCCUAAAUGUGUUUAGGUUUGUGUGGCUUUAUGAUUUUAAUCUGUUUUUCGGCUACAUUAAUUUGACAUGUAGCAACUGCACUGUGCAAUAUCUAAUGAGGACUGGGAAAAUGAUUAUUGUUGGGAUGUAAUAAUGUGUGUCUUACCCGUUUGCGGUCGAUUCUUUUCCCCCCUCUAGUUCUCAGUGAGUUUCAAUGUGACCAAGCCUUAUAUACUUUGUCACAAAAAGCGGGUUCCUUCUUGGUGACUCUUAUUGGUGAGUGUCAAAUUAUGAAUUGAUGGUGUAAUAUGUUAAGAAUCACUUUGAAUUAAAAAAUAUCUUUUGCUUCA